UGGAGAAUAUUUCCCACCAGCACAAGCGUUGAUAUUAUAUUCUAAUACGUUUGAUUGUUCACACAAUAGCCGUUUAUAAUUUUUAAUCUGUCGGCUGAAAAUACUUUUAAAUUUUCUUUGGCUUUUAAAAUGAUAGGCUGGUUAAACAGGAAGUGCUAGACUGUUACGUGAGCGGUCAUAUCAACAUGGCUCUUUGAAUAGGAAAAGUUAUUGCGUUGUCAAUAACAGGACAAACUGAAGGAGAUUUGUUUUGUUUUUUUAGGGUUGCGCUUUAAACCGACCAGGCAGAGUGGUUUAACACGCCCUCUCCGCUCCUCGAAAUGUUUGCUUUGGCGAAAGUGAAGCAGGCUGCAGUUGGAGUGAUACGCCAGUGUUUCAGGGUGAAGAGUCUGAACAGAUUGAGGGCGUUUAGCACAGGAGACUUGUCCUCUGAACAUGGAGAGGAGGGAAACGACGUGUACGACAUCAUCAUAUCGGGUGGAGGAAUGGUGGGGACUGCUAUGGCAUGCUCACUAGGUUUUGAGCCGAAUUUGCAAGGCAGAAAGAUUCUUUUGCUGGAAGCAGGUCACAAGAAAGAGCUGGACAAGGUGCCAGAGGUUUACAGCACACGGGUCAGCUCCAUCAGCCCGGGCUCAGCAACACUCCUUAGUGGUCUUGGAGCUUGGGAUCAUAUAGUCAAUCUGAGAUGCAAACCCUAUCAAAAAAUGCAGGUUUGGGAUGCUUGUUCUGAUGCCCUGAUCACAUUUGAUAAGGAGAAUCUUCAGGACGAGAUGGCAUAUGUUAUAGAAAAUGAUGUCAUUGUGGCCGCUUUAACCAAGCAGCUUCAGACACUCUCUGAUCAAGUUGAAGUACAGUACAGAACAAAGGUGGUGAAGUACACUUGGCCCAGGCCUUUCCAGGUUGCUGAUUCUAUCCCCUGGGUCCAGGUGACAUUAGCCAAUGGACGCACCUUGCAGACCAAGUUGCUUAUUGGGGCAGAUGGACCCAACUCCAUGGUACGGAGAGAGGCUGGGAUUCCCACCGUCAAGUGGAAUUAUGACCAGUCUGCCGUAGUGGCCGUUUUACAUUUGGCCGAGCCUACUGAAAACAAUGUGGCAUGGCAGAGGUUCCUCCCAACCGGGCCAAUUGCAAUGUUGCCGUUGUCAGACACACAGAGCUCUCUGGUUUGGUCCACCAGUCAUCAACAUGCAAUGGAGCUCCUUCAGAUGGAUGAAGAGAGUUUUGUGGAUGCCAUUAACAACGCAUUUUGGAGUAAUGACAACCAGUCUGACCUGGUGGAGGCUGCCGGCUCUUUGUUCCGCCAUGCCCUGUCCAUUCUCAUGCCCAAUGGCGCCUCAACCCGCCAGCUUCCACCCAGCGUGGCGGCUAUUGGCCCUAAAAGCCGGGUCAGGUUCCCUUUGGGAAUGGGACAUGCCUCAGAGUACAUCCGCCACAGAGUAGCCUUAAUUGGAGAUGCUGCACAUAGAGUACAUCCUCUGGCAGGCCAAGGUGCCAAUCUAGGAUUUGGGGAUGUGGUCUGUUUGACACAGGUGCUAAGCCAAGCAGCAUUCAAUGGCAACGACCUUGGUGACAUGCAGCACCUGCUUAAGUAUGAAACUGAGCGCCAGCGGCACAAUUUGCCCAUGAUGGCAGCUGUUGACAUCAUGAAGAGACUUUACUCUACUAACGCUGCCCCACUGGUGCUGCUAAGAACCUUUGGCCUCCAGGCAACUAACUCGUUGCCACCUCUCAAAGAGCAGAUUAUUGCAUAUGCAAGCAAGUAAAUGACCAUUUGCUCACAAAGGCUUGUGAGUCAAGAUGGCAUGGACUGUUUGUCAAAGAAUUUAUGUAAAAGUAUAAAUUAAUAAAUCAUAUGCAUCUUUA